AAAAAUGUAGGUUAUUUUAGUUAUACAUCUGUUUUUAAUUAUCUUAAGAGACCUUGACAAUGAAAUGAAAAGAUAAUUUUGUUGACCUUUUCUUUUUAUAAAUAUAAAUGAAAAAAUUAUUUCGAAAAAUCUUAACAAGCAAUGGGAGGGGCGGUUAGCGCUGGUAAAAAUAACGAUGAACUAAUUGAUAAUUUAGUCAAAGCAAAAUUUAUCAGAAACUUUAACAUUGAAGAGGCGUUUAGGAUUGUUGAUCGUUCAUAUUUUUUCCCCAAAGAUUUUGUGAACAAUGCCUAUAUGGACAUGGCUUGGAAACAUGGGGAUAUUCAUAUUUCAGCCCCAUGCAUUUAUUCUGAAAUAAUUGAAGCUCUCAACAUCCAACACAAAAUGAGUUUUUUAAAUAUUGGAAGUGGAACUGGAUACUUAUCAACUAUUGCUGGGAUUUUAUUAGGUAGACCUUUUGGUGUAAAUCACGGAGUGGAAAUUUUUAAAGACCUGAUUGAGUUCUCUCAAUUCAAUAUAGAAAAUUUUAAACGAGAUAUUUUAAAUUACCGCCCAAACGCGCAUUAUCUUACAUCUACCAAUGAUCUCAUAUAUUAUAGCGGCUCUUCCAAGAAACGUCGAUCUACUCUGUGCUACAACCAUUCAUUUUCUUGUUUGCCUAUAAAAACAUUUAUAAACCACGAUUUGUUUCACUCCGGCCACGAUAGCUCUAACAGCGAUAACACCACUGAUAAUCACGAGAAUACAACAAAAUUUCCAGUCAUAAGUUGCGAAGAUUUUUGCCAACCUACUUUCAUUCACGGAAAUGUUAUCGACAUUCUAAUAUCGUCUUUUAUUCCAGAUUUUACCUUGAAUUACAGAGAUGACAAUGGCGAUCUAAAGGCGAAGUAUAACCAUGACACGCGCGAUAAAACAAAACUUAUGAAAGAAUACGAUAGAAUCUACUGCGGCGCCACUUGCCUUUUAAACAUGGAAGAAUUGCUUAAACGAUUGAUUAAAGUCGGCGGUAUUUUAGUGUUGCCUUCCAGAGAUCAAAGGGAGAGCACUCUUACAAUACAUGCUGGAAUGCAAUUCCGGAAUAAUCAGCUUAUAUGUAUAAACCGAACAGCGGUUGAUGAAUGGAAAUCUGACAUAAUAAUGCCCGUUUGCUUUGCGCCUCUAAUACUCCCCGAAGUUUUUCAAGAAUUGAUGGAAAAUUUUGGACCCUCUUUCAUACCACAAUGCAUAAAUGAAUAUAUCACGGGUAGCACUAAAAAUGAAAGAAAAGGCAAUAAAAAUAAAGAUGUUUUAUCACAAUCGUAUAUUUAUAUUAAUCCCAUGCCUCUAAAAGAAAUCUGCAGAUAUUUCGUGCGCAAGUUAUUGCACGAGGAUUAUCACUCAAAGACUCAACAUUCCAUUUUACACCUUCCGCAAGUCGCUCAUCCCUGCGCUUUCACACCUAAAGAUAUGGUCCAAAGCAGUCUCGACGAAAAAGCUUCUAUAUGUGAUUCGACCAGUAAUCGUAUCUUAAAUUUUCAUACCCAUAUCAACAAAUCUAAACGUAGUUAUAGCAUACAAAUCGUUGAUUUUCCGCGGAUGAUGGAGUUUAACAUAAAUGACCACGACAUCGCGGAAAGUAAGCAAAUUCUAGCUAAAAAACGCAACGAAAAAGAACUGACAAUGACGCUCAAGAGGAUUGAGCAGAGGAAUCGCUAUAUCGAUAAUGCUACAUUAAAUUUACCCGUACCCCAAGUUCUGCGCCAAUAUCUAAGCUACAUAUGACAACCUAAUAACUCAUGGUUGAAAUAAUCUUUUUUUUUGUAAUGUUUAGUUGUUUCAGUUGUUUUACAGUUAUUAUUAUUGACAUAAAAAUUAUAUAAAAUUUAAUUAAAAUGCAAUUAUUAUCGUAUCAGGUUGAUAGAUAAAAAUUAAUAAUUUAUAUAAAAUUAAAUUAUACCAAAAAUCAAUUUAAAUGGGUUUUAAAGAAAUUUUAUUAUAUACAAUAUAUAUUUGUAUAAAUUUUAUAU